GCCACUGCAGCUUAUCAGAUCGAAGGGGCAGCAGACCAAGGAGGAAGAGGGCCAAGCAUUUGGGACACCUACACACAUAAAUUCCCAGAAAGAAUCGCAGAUCGAAGCAAUGGAGAUGUCGCAGCCGACUCAUAUCACCGUUACAAGGAGGAUGUACAGUUGCUUAAGGAAUUGGGAAUGGAUGCCUACAGAUUCUCCAUUUCUUGGUCAAGAAUAUUGCCAAAGGGCCGAGGCAAAGUGAAUGAGGAAGGGGUUCAAUACUAUAAAAAUUUGAUUAAUGAACUGCUAGCAAAUGGAAUAGAGCCCUACGUUACAAUAUUCCAUUGGGAUCUACCAGAAGCAUUGGAUGCAGAAUAUGGAGGUUUUUUAAGUCACAAAAUUGCUGAGGACUUCAAGAACUAUGCGGAUGUAUGCUUCAGAGAGUUUGGCGAUAGAGUCAAGUACUGGAUCACUGUGAAUGAAGCAUUGAUGUUUACUACGCUUGGAUUUGGCCUUGGAAUGCACGCUCCAGGUCACUGUACUGAUGGUUUAGAAAUCCAAGGAUUAGGAAGACUUAAUUGCCCAGUUGGAGGAGAUUCUCUAAGAGAACCCUAUAUUGUCGCUCACAAUAUUCUUAGAUCACAUGCUGAAACAGUACAUCUUUACAGAGAGAAAUAUAAGCCAACUCAACAUGGAGAAAUUGGAAUUACGCACGUGACACAGUGGAUGGUACCCAUUGAUGGUAGCCCUCUAAGUAAAGAGGCUCAAGAGAGAGCUCUGCACUUCAAUUUAGGAUGGUUUAUGGAUCCAAUAAAGUUUGGAGACUAUCCAUUGUCAAUGAGAGCUUUGGUGAGAGACAGACUCCCAGUUUUCACGCAAGAAGAGACAAAAAAACUUAAGAAUUCGUACGAUUUUAUCGGUCUCAACUAUUAUACUUCGAGAUUUGCAAGAAAUCGACCACUACCAGCAAAUUUCAAGCCAACUUCAUACCUAGAUGACUCAUGCGUCGACAUUACAGUUAGAUUGUCAAGGCGAGAUGUUAUAUUUUGGAGUAACAUUCCAUUAAGCUGUUUGCAGCCUGGAAGUUGGAUUAAUGUUCAUCCCAGAGGAUUGAGGGAGCUUCUACUGUACAUCAAAAACAGAUAUGAUAGUCCUCCAAUAUACAUCACUGAAAAUGGUGUUAUGGAAAAAGAUCAAAAAGGGCAGCAACUCCACCUCCACCAUGUACUUAAUGAUACACAUCGAGCAGAGUAUCUCGCUCUCCAUCUUCAUGAACUUAAAGAAGCUAUAAGGAUGGGAGUAGAUGCGAGGGGGUACUUCACUUGGUCUUUAAUCGAUAACUUUGAGUGGUCAGAUGGGUUCACUUCUCGACUUGGACUUCACUUCAUUGACUACUAUGGCUCUCACAAACCGCAUCCCGAUGAGAAUGAGAAGGCUCCUUCACCGUCACAUCUUCGUAGGAUUCCGAAGCAAUCUGUCACCUGGUUCAAGAGAUUUCUUGAUCGUUAG